CACAGACAAUUUGCGGCUGCCACAAACGGGAGCAUCCCCAGCAGCAUGGGGAAAAGCUCUCAUCCCAGGAACUGGGGGGGUUUGGGAGGCUGCAAUGGCCAAAAGGUGCCAACGAGCUUGUUUGCUUUGCAGAACCGCAUGCACGAAUCCCUGCACCUCUUCAACAGUAUAUGCAACCACAAGUUCUUUGCCGCCACGUCCAUCAUCCUCUUCCUCAACAAGAAGGACCUUUUUGAGCAAAAGAUCAAGAAAGUCCACCUCAGCAUUUGCUUCCCAGAUUACGAUGGUCCCAACACAUUUGAAGAUGCAGGAAAUUACAUCAAGACCCAGUUCCUUGAUCUCAACAUGCGAAAGGACGUGAAGGAGAUCUACAGCCACAUGACCUGUGCCACAGACACGCAGAAUGUCAAAUUCGUCUUCGAUGCCGUCACGGAUGUCAUCAUCAAAGAGAACCUCAAGGACUGCGGCCUCUUCUGAGCAUCUGGGUGGCAGAAGAGACUUCAGUUUCACAGCGCCGUUCUGCUGAGCAGAGCCGAAUGGAUUAACUAAAAAAUAAAUGUUACUCAGAGCCCACUUUUUCUACGACCCGCCCAACCAUACCACCUCCUUUCAAGCCCAAAAUAAGAAGGGGCUGAAGCUGAACUUCCAACUCCCUUUCGUGGCUAUUUCCUCUUUUUUUUUUUU